GCAAUUUCCCCUCCUCUUCCGGCCUUAGUUGUCUCUCUAGGGUUUUGCUUCACCGCCAUUUCUAAACAUACCUCACCAUUGAAUUUGCAUCACAUCACUACUCCAUUGUUCUCUCUUAUUAUUGGGGGAUCUUUUGAGCUCUAACUUGCUUAUCCAUGGCGGCUCCCGCUGUAUCUCAGCCCCGAUCCUCCAAAACUGAGUCCUACGUUGAUAACAAGCGCAAGGAGGACAUUCGACACGCCAAUAUCGUCGCAGCCCGAGCCAUCGCCGAUGCUGUUCGUACUAGUCUUGGGCCCAAGGGCAUGGACAAAAUGAUCUCCACGGCCUCCGGUGAGGUCAUCAUUACUAAUGAUGGGGCAACCAUUCUCAAUAAAAUGGAAGUUCUCCAACCUGCUGCGAAAAUGCUAGUCGAGCUCUCCAAGUCGCAGGACUCUGCUGCUGGAGAUGGUACCACCACCGUGGUCGUCAUUGCAGGUUCACUUCUUAAACAGUGUCUUUCUCUUUUAUCCCAUGGGAUUCACCCCACUGUAAUCUCCGAUUCCCUCCACAAGACCGCCAUUAAGGCUGUUGAUGUGUUGACAGCAAUGGCUGUCCCGGUUGAGCUAUCGGAUAGAGAGUCCUUGAUUAAAUCGGCGAGUACUUCGCUCAAUAGUAAGGUUGUUAGUCAGUACUCGACAUUGCUUGCGCCGCUUGCUGUUGAUUCUGUGCUCUCGGUUGUUGAUCCUGCUAAGCCAGAUUUGGUUGAUUUGAGGGAUAUUAAGAUUGUGAAGAAGCUGGGCGGGACCGUGGAUGACACUGUGCUUGUGAAGGGUUUGGUGUUUGACAAGAAGGUAAGUCACGCGGCUGGCGGACCGACCAGAAUGGAGAAUGCGAAGAUUGCUGUUAUUCAGUUCCAGAUUUCACCACCUAAAACUGACAUUGAGCAGAGUAUUGUGGUCUCGGAUUAUACUCAGAUGGAUAGGAUAUUGAAAGAAGAGAGAAAUUACAUUUUAGGUAUGAUUAAGAAGAUUAGGGCUACUGGGUGUAACGUAUUGUUGAUUCAGAAGAGUAUCUUGAGAGAUGCCGUGACAGAUUUGUCUCUACAUUACCUUGCAAAAGCCAAGAUUUUGGUGAUCAAGGAUGUUGAGCGCGAUGACAUUGAAUUCAUUACGAAGACUCUCAAUUGUCUGCCAAUUGCAAAUAUUGAACAUUUCCGCUCUGAGAAGUUGGGGUAUGCAGAACUCGUUGAGGAGGCUUCAAUGGGAGACGGGAAGAUUGUUAAGAUUACGGGCAUUAAAGAUAUGGGGCGGACAGCUACCGUACUUGUUCGGGGUUCUAACCAACUAGUGAUUGACGAGGCUGAGAGGAGCUUGCACGAUGCCCUGUGUGUUGUUAGGUGUUUGGUAAGUAAAAGGUUCUUGAUUGCAGGUGGUGGUGCACCAGAGAUUGAGCUGUCAAGGCAGUUGGGUGCCUGGGCAAAAGUGUUGCAUGGAAUGGAGGGUUACUGUGUUCGUUCCUUUGCGGAGGCUCUUGAAGUUAUCCCAUAUACUUUGGCUGAAAAUGCUGGGUUGAACCCAAUUACCAUUGUUACAGAACUGAGGAAUCGUCAUGCACAGGGUGAGAUCAAUACUGGAAUUAAUGUAAGGAAGGGGCAGAUCACAAACAUCUUGGAGGAGAAUGUUGUUCAGCCACUUCUCGUAAGUACAAGUGCAAUCACUCUAGCUACAGAAUGCGUGCGAAUGAUUUUGAAGAUUGAUGACAUUGUCACCGUGAGGUAGAGUGUGGGCUUUAAUUGAAUGAAAAGGCUGGUUUUGUCGUUUUUUCAUUUUGGUUUGCUAGUAGAAUCUAGGGUUCUGUUUUGCUCUGGUUAAAAGAAUUUUAAUGUGUUUCUUUUGUUGCUAUUUGCCUAUAGUUUAUUGGUAUGGCCUUUUGUUCCUUAGGAGGUUUUAUGGAUCCUAUCUUUUUUAGCUUUGGAAAUUUACGUGUAGUCAUCAAACUUCAUUAAUUAUUUGAGUUGCACUGUGAUACUACUUUUCUCAGAUCUCACA